AUUCUCAAGCGUGUGCCCAAGUUUUUGCUCCCCUACGCACAACGCUUCGCACAUGCACCGUACUGUCACGUCAUCACCUUUGUCAUCUUGCACGAGCUCUCUGCGAUCGUUCCCCUUAUGGGUUUAUGGUACCUCUUCAACCGCUUCGACUACGUACCGGUCAACUUUGCACCUGUCUGGGCGAUUGAACACGGCGUGGAUAUGCUCAAGGGCUACGUUGACAUCGAAAACGGUAUCUUCAAAUACUGGGCCGUGGUCGACAAAGGCAAAUUAAUUGUGCAGGGUGCAAACGCGUACGCCAUCACCAAGAUGUUGAUGCCGCUCCGCGUGAUGCUCUCUGUGGCCUUGACUCCGGUAGUUUCGCGCUGGUUUGUCGAACCUUGGGGCAAGAUCUUC